GGCUCCAUGACUCCCGAGGGCUCUUCCAGCCCUGGGCUUCGCGAUUCUCUGAGAGGCCUGGCCGGUUCCUCGGGCUGGUUUCUUACAUCGUGCUGCUUCCGUGGGCGGAGCCCAGCCACGCCGGCUCCCAAACCGUUUUUGUUUCCGUUGCAGGCCACCGACAAGCGGCGAGCCCUGGAGUAGACCAUGGCGUACAGCACCCAGUCCUUGGCGAGCGUGGCCUACCAGGUCAGCAACCUGGCCGGCAAGGUGCUCCAGCUGCUGGACCUGCAGGCGAGCGAACUCCGCCAGGUGGAGGCCAGUGUCUGCUGCCUCGCGCAGGUGGUGGACAUGCACAAGGAGAAAGUGUCGCGGCGGGAGAUCGGAACGUUGACUGUCUGUAAGAGGCCCCCCCCCUACCAGAAAAUCAUCUAUCCAACCUACCAGGAGCCGCUGGAAGCCUACUUCCGGAAACCCCUCAACUUCAGCAUCCUGGACGACGUGGGCCACGGGAUAAAGGACCACAGCACCCAACUGGGCCGAACAGGAACCUUGACCCGGAAAGGAACCAAGUCGUCAUCUGGAGCAGGUGCAGGCACCCUGGGGAGAAACCCUCGUAUCCUGGAGCCCAUUCAAGUGCCCGUGGUUCCGGAAGGGAGACUCGCCGCUGCGUCCUCAACAGCCCCCAGGUACCAGUCUGAGCUGCUCCUCCCCCUUCCAGUGGUGACGCUCUACCCCUACGUGGCGCAGAAGGCCACCGAGCUGGCCUUCCCCGAAGGGGCCGUCAUCUACGUCACCCGCAAGUACUCGGACGGCUGGUGCGAGGGGGUGACCACGGAGGCAGAGGGCUUCUUCCCAGGCAACUACGUGGAACCUUUCUGCAGCUGAGCCAGCGUGGAGACGGGAGCUCGCUCUGCUGGGAACCCACCGAGGUUUUCUCCCUGCACUCGCCCCCAUCGCUGGGUUAACGGAGCCCCUGCUGCCGGCCCAGCCAGUGCAUUCCCCGCGAGGCUGCCCCCACCGCCCGCACGCCGCGCCACUCAGUCGAGGGUUAGCGGCUCCCCCCUGCCGGGCUGGGCACAGCCAGAGCCAGGCCCCAGGCAGAUGGGAGCCCAGGCCUUGCCAAGAGCAGCGUUGGAGGCCCAGGAACAGGCCCUGCUAUUUCUAUGAGGUCAGAUCAUAAGGCCCCCCGAGGCCAAAGGAAGUGCUGCCGUUGAGUAUCAAUGGGGAGCCGCAUGAAGCCUUCCCCGUGGAAUCGCUUUGCUUUCGGCGUCGAUUAAUCUCCGGGUGGAACAUGUGCCGUGACCAGCGUCGGAGCAGCCCGGGGAGCCUGCGUUCCUGGCCUGCCCACCG